AAACGCAGUUCCAUUUAAGUAAAAUCAGCACAAACGGCUUGCGCUUUAGCAAAAUGUUCAUUACAUCCUACAAAGGCUUCUUCUGAUUGGAUACAAGAAAAACAUCUACCAGUGGUUACAACUUGGAACAUAAAGCUUUAUAACUCUUUUUGAUGAAUAACGUAAAUAGUAUAACCUUUUAAGUCAUCAUCUCCCUCUCUCGCUAUUUCUCUCAAACAAUGGUGAUAUCACCGUUAUUAGUCAUUGCUUUGGUUUGCCUCGCAGGCGGUGGCUCUCAUUUACCGGCGGUGGAAGCUAUAUGGUUAACGAUUCCAAGGGCUGGCGACAGAUGCGUCUACGAAGAGAUCCAAGCCAAUGUGGUAGUCGUUGGCGACUUCCUUUGCAUUGAUCAGAAUAACGAGGUGGGACUUGGUCCUACCGUUAAUAUUCGGGUAACAUCAGCUUACGGGAAAGAAGUGUACAAGAGAACAAACGUGACGCAAGGUCGGUUUGCGUUUACAACGAGUGAGAGCGGAACAUACUUAGCUUGUUUAUCUAUGCAUAAAGAUCAGACACACUACGCAGUCGAUAAUAGCACUGCCAUCGUCAGCCUUGACUGGAAGAUGGGUAUCGGAACCAAAGACUGGGAUGCUAUUGCUAAGAAAGAAAAGAUCGAGGGUGUGGAGCUUGAACUUCGAAAAUCUGCUGAACGUGUAUUUGAAAUUAGGGCAAACAUUCUCUUUCUAAGAUUCAGGGAAGCAUCUAUGAGGGAGAUAAACGAGAAGACUAACAAGAGGGUUGUGCAGCUUAGCUUUAUGUCUUUAGGGCUUUCCGUUGUUGUUUCACUUUUUCAAGUUUGGCAUCUCAAAGGCUUCUUCCUCAAGAAGAAGCUUAUCUAAGUUAAUGGUUCUAUAUUAUUUUAGAGAAAAAAUUGCAAUCUUGUGACUUUCAUGGGGGUUAUAUAGUCAUACCGCAUACGUACCAUGCCAAUUCCAUAAAGACAACACAUGUUUAGUUUCGUCCAUAAUUUAUCGCUCACAGAACCUUCAUAAUCAAACUAUUAGAAAAGAAGCAUACAUCAUAUAUCUAUAUAUAUUUCAGAAAAUCACAUAGGACAAGAUCAUAAUCACAUGUAUACGUACAUCUAAUUCAUUUAUCACAAUGUAGACUUUCAAAUAAUAUUUGACUGGUGGACACGUUAAGCUAACAAGAGAUUAAUGAAGGCAUUGAUGACAAAUGAAAACAGUCAUGAUGUGCGUUACUAUUUUAUUUUUUUUACUUAGUUAUAUUGUCUGACGCUAGCUUAAAAGUAAAUUAAUAACAUCAAAUCUUUGUAUUAUAACAUUACUUACUGAUAUUAAGAGUUCAUCGUCUUUAUUUAGCUUUUGAAAUGAUCAGAUAACUAGUUGGAUUAACCACGUUGCUGACGUUUGUCAUUAUUUGGAUUACCACCUCCGCUUGUGAGAAAGUGAUUCACGUGGCUCGCCUGGUUAUAGAUCGGUUGCCGAAAGUUGAGAUACCAUAUGAAUCUUGUGCUUGGAAUCCUUUGGUGCAUGUAUGACACUCAAAAGGACUUCAGAAGUAUGACAUCUCAAAGAAUUCUUCAUACCAACAAUAAGUAAAGGAAAAAAAGUCUUUUGGCAGGAGUGGAUCUGUUUUUCGGAAAUUCUUGUCUACUUGGUUUCACUUUUCAAACGACUAUUAGUUGGUUUCUGAAAAUGUAAAAUACUCCACCUAUUAGCUCCGUUAUAUGUAUGUUUUUUGCUUUGAAACUUCCGUUAUAUAUAUGUUUGUUUAAUAUAUUAAAUUUUACUUUUUGAAUUUCAUUCAUAAUAAUACAACACCACCGAUGGUGUAACAAUAUUUAUAUAUCAAAUAUUUGAUAGCUGAACUAAAAAUAUAACGUUCUAGCUACAAGCCAACAAAGGCAUCAACUAGUUAUUCUUACAAGGAAUUAAUAUACCAAAAUAAAUAUCUAUCUGUGGAAUAAAAAAUGGGAUGAUUAAUUAAUAUAACUAGAUUUUCAAUAAAAUAGUGGAUUUCAUUCCUUUAAGAUCCGGAACAAAAAUAAAAUAAACCUUACAAAUAAUUUAUUUUUUAUUCGGAAAAUCUAUAUAUAUUAAAUUGUUUCCAUGCUCAAAUAAAGAAAUCCAACCAAAAAAAUCCCACACACGUGUAAAACCAAACUCGUGAACUCCGUCUUCGGUGACACGCGCAUCCAACCGCGUGUAGGUAACACGCGCAUCCACACGCGCAUCUUCUCCUUCCCAAAAUAAAACGUGUGGAAUAAUCCAGAAGAGAAAGAAAGAAGCAAAAAAAAAA